AGAAGAGAAGAGAAGAAAGGGCGAACUGAGAACACAAGACUUCUAUUACGAUAAAGAGAGAGAUAUGGCUUCUUCUUCUUCUUCUUUCAUGGGAUUGAUUGUAGUUGUCGUUGUAGCAGCUUUGCUUCAGUGCACUGCUGCGGCGACCUACACGGUCGGUGACACCACCGGAUGGACGAUCCCCUCAGGAGGUGCUCAAUUCUACCCCAAUUGGGCCGGCGGCAAGACGUUCGUCGUUGGCGACAUUCUCUCCUUCAAUUUCAGCCCUCAAAACCACGAUGUUGCCACGGUGACCAAGGCACAGUACGAUGCCUGCACUGCACCCUCCGAGGGUAAUAUCAUAAGAACAAGCCCAGCAAACAUCACUCUCAGCACUGCCGGCAAUCACUACUACAUCUGCACAUUCUCUGGGCACUGUGCGGCCGGACAGAAGCUAACCGUCAACGUCGUCUCCUCUGGCACUGGCACCCCAACAACCCCAACAACCCCAACAACACCGCCCACCGUCCCAGCCGGCGGCCCUUCACCACCACCCACAUCAGGGGACUCCACGCCCCCCAACGCUGCUACGUCUCUUGCCGCCGGCUUUGGCACUGCAGGCGUCGUUGCCGCCGUCUUCUCCGCCUUCUUCCUUUAGAUGAGUCAUUGCCAUGACUGCCUGAUUUUUCUGUCUUGAGUGUUUUUCUUCUCCUCCUUUUGUCCGUAUUAUUUUUAGUACAGCGGCCCAUCUGUGAGGGCAUUGGACUAGAGUGAUUCAUUUCUGUAUUUUAGUUGCAUGAUACACACGUUUUUUAGUCAGACUAGUUAAUAAAAUUAGAUCAUUCUUA